AUAUUAGUCUAUGAAUUUAACUACAAAAUUUACAUCGGAGAAGACUUCAGAUUAUUUUUCUUUGGUUUUCAGUUUCAGGUGUUUGUAUUAUUGAAGAAUAACUAAUAAUAUUGAAGAUUUUAUAACUGUGCUUAAACUAAAAUUAUGGGAAGCAGAAAAGAACACCUGAAAAAAUCAUUAGGUAUUACGGAAUAUCCUUGGAGUUCAGAUGAUGAUGAUCAGCCUAUGCCCGAUGUGCACUUGCUACGAAGACAGUCUGCUGAACCUCGCCCAAGUGUGGCAGACAUGCCUGGCACAAGUGGACAACAGCUUUCUGAAUCUCCCUUAAUGUCACCACCCAAAAGAAAUCAGGCUGAAAUGUUUUGGUCUUUAAUGAAUAAUACACCCAAACCAUCUUCAUCUUCUGGAGCAUCUCGUACAAGGGCAUGCGAGGGGCCACGGCCGCCUACGAAUACGCCAGCUUCUGAAAUACGAACAGAUCGUAUGACUGCUGCUGCUGACAUUCAGCGCAUUCUAGCGUUCAAGAAAAUCACCCAGUGUAGACUAAACAACAGCCUGCGUCCGACCAAGUCUAACUCCAGCUUAUACUCCAUGUCUUCACGAGGUUUGCCUGGGCCAUCAAGGAAUCCUUUAUUCACACCAUCAUUGACAUCGGCCAGUAUCAAGGCUCAUCAAAAUGCUCUAAAGAGACUACAGUCCAGUCGUAGUGCGCAACCUUCGUUCAGCAGUAGAUGUGGCAAUCCUUCGACUUCGGACAGGAUAUCUUACAUGGAAAUGGAAAUGUUAGAGUUGCCGCGUUUUCUGAAAAGGAGGCUGCCGCCAUCGCCCCAGACAGUGGCUUCGACCCCGGUGCCGGGCCCCGCCCCUAAACCACCGCCCGCUGUACCGGAACCACCCAGUUCAGAUACUUCAAGCCGAUCGACGAGAAAUGAGAAUACAGCCACAGACAAAGAUGCAGUUGUUGAAGUAAACACGUCACAGAAUACAACGGGUAUGUCGUUAGAGGAAGAGAUUGUAGAAAUAGAUGCACAGGACGAACCAGAUGGAAGCACGAACACAGGGGAAAAUACUACACAGAGUGCAGUCGUAAACGCAGACGUUGAACUCAACCAGGUUAUAACAGUAGAUGCGAACGAAGAACCCAAACGUCCGCAACAAGAAAGGAGAAGAGAGGGCAACGCGUCGGCGGAUGAUGCUGAACCAUGCAGUGUCAAAGAAUUUAACCAGAACUUGCUGCGGCUGCUGGAGUGCCCCGUGUGCCUGGAGUGGAUGGAGCCGCCCAUGUCGCAGUGCCGGCGCGGCCACCUCGUGUGCAGCAGGUGCCGCGCGCGCCUCUCCUCCUGCCCCGUGUGCCGCACCACCUUCUCGUCCGUCCGCAACCGCGCCAUGGAGGGGGUGGCAGAGAUGGUGCGCUACCCGUGCCGGCACAUGUGCGGGCGCGAGGUGCGCCUGCGUAGACGAAACGCGCACGAGGCGAGCUGCGGGGCGCGACGAUAUGCCUGCCCCGCCCCUGCCUGCGCCGAGCGCCCGCCCCUGCCGCGUGACCAGCUGGCGCAACAUUUGCAGAGUAAGCACAUGCCGAUGCUGAAGAUCGGGCGCAAGCACAAGUUCUCUAUGAAGGUGAACUCGGAACAACACGACACUUGGGUGAUCGCCGCGUUACACGAAUACUUCUCUCUACGGGUGGAUGUGGACAUUCGCACGUGGGGCGUUAUCGUAUACGUCACCUACAUCGGGCCCAAGUGCAACGCCAAGAACUUUAUAUACGAGGUGUCUGUUGUAGGCCAACACAACUCUAGAAAGCUAGUCUACGCCAGGGCGACGCACAGCGACUUGGAGAGUUGCUCGUUGAACGUGAGCCGGCAAGAUUGCUUUCAUUUGACCAUAGACCAGGCGCUGAACUUCCUGAGAGUCAAGAAUAGGCAUUGCGAGCCAGACAAGUUCCUGGACUUCAAUGUAGAGAUUACUAAGAGCGAAGCGGAGACACGAGACGACUCGGAUUCCUGAUUCGUGUUCAUAACGAACCUGGUAAAACGACGCCUCGCCAAGGCGGUGCGAAUGGCGCGACGUACCAAGUUCAAGAGACGAU